GCUUUUCCCCAAGCAGAAGGGUGGCCUUUUCCUCAUUAUUAUGGAUCCUGCGGCAGGAUUAUUGUUGAAGAAUAUGUUGGAAGGACUUUAACUUAUUUUGAAGAUGCACCUUGGAAGCAAAGAAUUGAUAUUUCAUAUCAACUUCUAUUAAUUGCUCAAAUGUUAACUGAAAAUUUUUCAAACUUUGCUCUCUACAUGACUGAUGUAAAUAUGGAUAAUUUUGCUGUGCGAUCUGAUGGCACUGUCUUGUUGAUUGAUGUUGAAGGAAUUGUUGUUGUAGAUCGUUUUAAAACAAAGGGUCAGAAACUACAUGAAAGUAAAGGAGAAUAUUGUAAAGAUUGUUUGAACUUUUCUUAUGAAGACCUCUGUAAUUCUGAUUUAUCUGAUCAUAACUAUUAUGCAAUUUUGCCGGACACCUCAACGUGUUAACAAUCCCCUACAAUGUCCAUCAGCUCCUUAAAGGAGAGUGGGGAUCAAACAGACUCCUAAAAGACCAACACCUGGCCAGGUUAUAUGGCAUCAGAUCUUUCCAGCUAAUACCUGCCAACUUGCAUUUUAAGCUUUGUUCAUUUUCAUAAGCAUGCAAUUUGAGCUCUGCCCAGAUUUAAAAACUCUCCUAUGAAUGGCUGUUUUUGUGUAUUAGGUUUAACUUGCGAACUUUAACUCCAUAUGUUUUUAAUGUAUUUUCUUAAUUCAGAGUUUUUGUAAUAAAAUAGUCCCAAUUUAUAAUAAAGUUUUGUACUUGGGGAUAUUUUUCAAUUUUUACUUUAAGUAACUAAGAAAAUUAUUUUAAAUUUAUUGUAUUGGAAAAUAUAUUUUCAAGAAAAAGUAUGUGUAAGUUUUCGAGAAAAAGUGUGUGUAAGUUUUCAAGUAAGUAUAAAAGUUUUCUUUUAUCUGCAAAUGUGACUUGAAAGUGAAAAGUGUCCCAAAAUGCACAACUCCUUCCCAUCAAUUUAAUUAUUUUAAGUGUAAAUGGACACUGAAAAAUUAAAUAAAUGAGUGAAACAAGUGUUCUGUAAUAUCUCA